AUGGCGUCGCUGAACUCGAGAAGCGUGACUAAGCGUUUCCAGCCGCUGCUGCCCGAAGAGGAAGCUUCAGUUGAACUCGAGAACCGCCUGCAACGCCCUGCUCUCUACAAGCGCCUCGCCCCCGGCCGCUCGCCUGUAGCCACGUUCGGCUUAGCUCGCGCACCCACGGAGGCGCAGCAGAGGGCGGCGGGCCGUGUUGCAGGCGCGGAGGGCGGCGAGUGCGCGGCCGAGUGGGCGGAGGAGGAGGAGGAGGAGGCGGGGCCCGAGGAGGGGCCGGUGUGGCGGGGCGCGUGGGCGCCGCUGCUGGAAGACCUGGCCACGCAGCCGGGCGGCCGCGCGCGCGCCGCCGCCGACGACGACCAGCCGCAGACGCCCCGCCAGGUGUCGGAGACGGACAUCUACCUGCUGGACGCCAUCGAGAAGCUCACCUACCGCAUCGACUUCCUGGACAAGCGGCUGCGGCGCGUCGAGGCCAUGCUCUACCACCUCACCGCCGCGCAGGACAGCGCGCCGCAGGGCACGUCGUCAUCGGAGGCGACGGCGGCGCCGGCGCCGGCGACUACGAAGCCGGAAGCGGCGGCGGUGGCGGCGGCGGCGGACCCGGGGGCGUGCGGAGGCGGCGCCGGGGGCGAGUGGCGGCGCGUGGGGCGCCUGCCCUCCUGCUACCGCUUCGCGCGCGACGCCGUGGACUGGAAGGCGGCGGCGGCGUCGUGCCGCGCGCAGGGCGCCGCGCUGCUCGAGCUGGAGGACGCGCGCGAGACCAAGGCCCUGCUCGCGCACCUGCGCGCCACGCAGCACCUGCGCGGCACGGCCUUCUGGACGGGCGGGCUGAACCCGGGGCUGCUGUGGCUGUGGGCCGGCAGCGGGCGGCCGGUGGCGGCCAACGCGAGCGCGGCGGCGGCGCACGGCGUGGGCGCGCAGGACGGCGUGCGCGGCGCGGGCCGCUGCCUGCAGCUCGCCCCGGUGCCCGGCGUCGCCUUCGAGUACCGCGGCGUCGACUCGGCAAUGGCGCGGUGCGGGAGGGCGGAGGAUGGGGGUGACGAGGAUGGGGGUGACGAGAAGGACGAGGAUGAGGGUGACGAGGAGGACGAGGAUGCGGGUGACGAGGAUGGGGAUGACGAGGAUGGGGUGGACGAGGUGGUCGAGGAUGGGAAGGACGAGGAUGGGGGUGACGAUGAUGGGGGUGUCGAGGAUGGGGUGGACGAUGGGGAGAACGAGGAUGGAGAUGAUGAGGAUGGAGAGGACGAAGAUUGA